AUGAAAUUCAUUCACUUUGUCUCUGCUACUUUGAUUGUUUGCCUCGCUGGAUCGGUCCAUGCUUGCGAAAACAAGGAACGUGCAAGCGACCCGGCUACCGAAUAUGUUCAAGACCGAUGCCGUUGGGUUGGAGCCUUGAGAUGCAGUGCUCCCAAUCUCACUUCGCUGCCUAUAUGCCAAGAAGGUCUUGUGCUUACAGCUGCAGCUACUGGUGGACCCUCUUGCUGCUGCCCUCCUGCCUAA